AUGGACUACUCAUUUAGUGAGGCAGAAAAGCGCUUCGUGGUCGCCGAGAUGAUCAAAGCAAGCCAAAUCAAUCUCGAGUCGAUUGUCGGUUUCUAUAAGCAGCAAGGGGUUCAACCCGACUGGUGUUCCAUGCAAAUCCCUAGUGGUCGCAACAUUUAUCAGUGUGUUGAGGCAGCCAGGAGCUUGGGCAUCAGGGUCGACCAGCCGUCCAACCCUCUUCUCCAUGCCCAGCAUGACGCCUCCCUAAAGCGCAAAUCGCCCAGCGACUUUGACGCACCGGGCCCCAAAAGACCUGCUGUCGCACCCUCCCUCGAGCCUGCGUCAACCGCAGCUCCGUACACGCGCAUCCAGCCUCGACCGCCACACAACGGCUACACGGGAAUGGCCACCGGUCAAGGCCCCCAGGUGACUCCGACAGGUACAGGAAGGAAGCGGGGACGGCCCUCAAAGGCCGACAGAGAAGCACAGGCUCGAGCAAAUGCCCCGAGUAGUUUUGCACCCAUCAGCCCGGCACCACUCGCGCCCACUGUACCGCACUUCACACCACAAGAUCACGGCGCAGUUGCGAGUGCACCUGCAUAUCGGACGUCGCCUGGCCCGUCAGACUUCGCUUCCCGAAGAGGCAGCAGGCCUCUCUCUGCCGAUAGGACACAGCCACGCGGUUUGCCGCCUUACCCUUCCACCGCAUAUGACCCGGUGGAGAGGUCGCCUGCACCGCCGGAAAGGCGGCUGUCGCCCAUGGAACCAGCGAUUGACAAUCCUGCGGUCCACGAGGUCGGACGAAGACUUGGACCUCGGGAUCGGGCGCCUUCCGAUCAUCGGCCCAAAGACUCCGGCCCAUCCCAAGCGGCAGCGGCAGAACAGAUGAAGAAAGAAAGCCCCAAGGCCAUCAACAUGCCAGCCUAG